GUGACAGAGGGCGUUGGGUGGGGAAAGGGGAGAGGGAGUUCCAGAUCGCUGAUUCCUCGAGGAAGAAGAAGAAGAAGAAGAAGAAGAAGAGAAGAGAAGAGAACAGAGGAGGAGAAGAGGCAUUACCCAUGCACGCAACCACUUCCAUGUCCUCUUCAAGACGCCAGCUGCCGCUUUACUGACUUCGUUGCGAUCUCGCUUGCCAUAUAUCGGAAAGUGAGUAGCUUUGUUUCUUCCCUCCUCUUGCGUUUUCAUUGGAGCGAGGAGGAGCACCAGGGAGGCCGAGAGGAGGGCAGGAGAGGCUUGAAUCCUUAGUUAGGGUUUGAUUGUGGAGACUGACAGCUAGACGAGCCUUGUUCUUGAAUUAUUUUUAUGAGAUGGUGGCUUUUUGAUUCUUCCGGUUCAAACUCCAGUGUGCGCGCUUCGUUCUCUGGCGUUCAACUUAUUUAUUGUUUAACGAUAAGUGCGAUGAGGAUGGCUGCGAAUCACAGCGUCAGUUUUCCUUACGGCGUUUUCCCGCAGUCCUUUUGCAAUCAGCACGUCGUUUCUUUUCAACCAGGGGCUGUAAACAGUGCAUCCGGACCAGUCUCAGGUGACGUGGACGUUUUAGGUGCAGUUGAUGGAACAACUGGGUUGAUGAAGAUAGGGAACUCUAGCAUGUUGAACACUAUUUCUUCCGUGAUGUCGACUAGUAAUUCUCCUGGAACUGUCCUUGAUCCGACGCAGGGUCUUCAGCUUCGUGCAAAAUUUUCUGUCACUUGGUCCUUUGAAGAGCUGCAAGUGCUGAAGCAAAGCAUCAUCAGAUAUGCUAGUGAACCUAAUAUCAUGAAGUAUGUCAAGAUAGCAGCUAGGCUCCCUGAGAAGACUGUGAGGGAUGUUGCAAUGAGGUGCCGAUGGAUGACUAAGAAAGAGAUUGGUAAACGGCGUAAACCUGAGGAUUGUUUGAUUGGGAAGAAGACAAAAGACAGGAAGGACAAGUUGAUCAACUCAUCCUCAGUGGCUUUUCUGCACCAAAACCCAUCAGAGAAUGUGACUGCCUAUUCUUCUAUGCGGCAUGAUGGGAACAACAAUACCCCAUUUCUAUGUGGAGCCACCUGUUUGAUUGAUAGCAGAACUGGUCAUCUUCUGGAUGAAAAUGUAAAAAUUUUUCAACAGAUUGCUGUUAAUCUCGAUUACAAUGAGAUACAAAAGAAUAUCGAUUUGUUUUGUUGCUCAAAACAGAACAUAACUACCAUCUUGAAUAGCAUGAGCGGAAUGACUGGUAUUAUGAGUCAGAUGCCUCCACUACCCAUGGAUAUCAAUGACAAUCUUAUGUCUAUAUUACAUUGUACUGCUCAUGUUUCUUCGCCGUCAAGACAUUUUUUGGAGUUAUGAUGGAAUCAAAAGAUCAAUGUAAUUUGUAUUUGCAGAGACAAAAUGACUGGGAACUAUCGACAGCGGCUUAAAGGAAGAGCCAAUGAGCUGGUAACCUGUGCGCAAUUUUCUAAUAUCAAAUGCAAGAUAGCUGGUUGAAGUAGUCUCCUGAGUGUACAUCCUCGCCAACGAGAAUAAAGAUUGCACGGUGGAGUCCUUGGUUUAUCAAGAGCUAGGCAAUAGGAACCUCUAUAUUGUCACCUAGAGAUAGUCAGUGUAAAUCAGAGCUUGUAUGCACUUUGUCAAUACACGACGGUAGGUUACUUAAGUUUUCAUCUCCGAAAGGUCAGUAUUUUGUAUAAGUAUCAUUAUUUAUGGAGGAUCUUCUGCCUAGUUGUAUCGAUCCAAGUGUAUAGAAAUGAUAUUUAUCGCUAGAUAAUAAAGUUUUGCUCUGUGGGUUUCAGUUUUGCUA